AUGCUGUGCCUUUCAUGCCUGCUCCCUGCAUCCACGCUCUCGCUCUUCCUGCGCGUUGUCACACUGAAGAGACUUCCCUCCCCCAAGGUCUGCAACUUCUCAUCCCAGCAGGUCGCUCACACGGGAGAGGCAGUGGCGGGGGACAUGGAGUGCACAGGCAGCAGCUGCUCUCCACCCAACCCACCCACAGCUAAGUACCCCGCCCUUCCUCUCUUCUUCCAACCCUCGCACUGUGUUGCUUUUCAUGUCAUGCUUGCACCAUGCCAGGUCGCUCACACGGGAGUGGCAGUGGCGGGGACAUGGAGUGCACAGGCAGCAGCUGCUCUCCACCCAACCCACCCGCAGCUAAAAGUGGCAGUGGCGGGGGACAUGGAGUGCACAGGCAGCAGCUGCUCUCCACCCAACCCACCCGCAGCUAAGUUCCUGCCCUGCCUCUCUACUCCCGUUCUCUCUUGUUUCCUUUGCUGCAUCUCCUGUUUCUUCUUGCUUCAAACGCAAGCCUCUGGUUCAGCCAAAGCUUCAAGCCACAGACCCGUUUUUUCUAAGGUGGAGGGGAGGGGCGUGGGGGUCAACACCGCCACUUUCUCACGUCUCUCCCGUGUGGCCGUGCAGGUGGCAGUGGUGGGAGGGGAGGGGGGCAGCACUCCACUUGGCUGGGGUGGAAGGGAGAGUAUCGGGCUGGGUCGUCUGAGCCAAGGUCACGUGGGGUCUGGGGAGGGGGGCAGCAUUACACUCGGCUGGGAUGGGAAGGGAGAGUAUGGGGCUGGGUUGUCUGAAGCAAGCAGCCUGAGGCAUCAUGGCGCUCUGCAUGGCUCUGGUAGGUGGAGUUAA